AAAAUCAGUUAAAAACAAGAAACUCUUGUGAAAUUAAAACUUAAUCAUUAAAAACACUUAAUCAACAUACAAAAAUGCCAGUAACAACACGUUCAAAGCGUAAAACAGUAGAUAUGGGUGAGCUAGAAGUGAUUCCAAAAAAGAAGUACAUAAAAUUAGUCGAUAUAACAAACAAAAAGGAUAAAAGCCAAAUUAAGCAUGACAAAAGUCAAAUAACCAGUCAAAAGAGUGACAGCGUGCUGUAUACACUUAAACCAAUGUUUUCUGAUGUAUCAGAUGUUAAGCCAACAAGUACUAGCCGCUUGUCAGCAGUUUCGAAUAGAAUCCAGGAGUUUCCAACAACAUCUUCCCAAACAAAUAUUGAGGAAGCUUUAAAAAUUAUGAAAAGGGUCAAGGCAGCACUUAAGAAAGGAUACAGCAAUGUUGCAGAGCGUCUUCAGCUGGAUGUAGUUCCUGACUGCCUUUUUGAUAUCUCAAAAUGUCACCAAAAUCAUAAUUCAGAAAAAUUGCCGCGAAAAGCACCAAUUGAGAAUUCCUUUGUUACAAAACUGUAUCUCACAGAAGAACGUCACUUCCAAUUUUGUCAUCAUGUCCGUCGAAAUAUAGUUGCUAGCAAGUUAAAUCCUGGAUCUGAUGUUUGCUUGAGUAUAAUCCAGGAGAUUAUGAAAUUUAAAUCCAAAGACGCUCAGUAUUCCACAAAUUUUGUUUUAUCAGAACUACACAAUAUAUUUAUCACAAUACUCAACACAUUCCCACCUUGUCACAUACAAGACUCAUACCUACGACUAUUUACUUCACAAAUUAAAAUCGAAGGAUUACCUGAAAAGAAGCAGAUUUUAUCAACAGUAUUUGAUCUCAUACACGACCUUAUUUAUAUUAAUGAUAAUGCUAAGCUUGAUGAAUCAAUUAAGAUCGAUUUCAAUAAGAACUUCUAUAUGUGGGACUUAGAGCAUAGUGAAAACACAUCAUUUUCUAAAUUAUCACGUAAUGAUCGUUUCCAUAGAGUUUUUAUGGCACUAGAUUUACUUGUUCGUGUUUUAGAAUAUGAUACAGCAAUGUUUGUUACUAAAUAUCCACAAAAAUUUGCAUCGACGAUUAAUAAGAAGCAAAAAAGACCUUUGCUAUGCUCGAUAAUAUGGAAUCAAUAUGAUAGCUUAAUGGCUAUCAAUGCUACAGUAAAGAAUAUCAUCUCAACAUUUGUAGCCAUGACAGCUCUCAAAUAUCCAGUAGACAAAAUCAGAAUAAUAUCAAGGCUCCUUAAUCUCAUCACUAAUGUUAUAAACAUGUACGAAUAUCCAGAAGACAACAUUCAAUAUCCAAUUUAUAAGACUUACACAACAAAUUUAGUCAAUGAGAUUCAAAAGACAGUCGAAAGUUCAUCUUACUACUCAAUGGAGCUUUACAUUAAUGUUAUUGAGAAUAUAAGAUCACCGAUGAUUCGGAUGUUGCUUGCCAAUCAGCUGUACUCAAAAAUUAUUGGACAGACCUUACCAAUUUCUCUCAAUACACCCUUUAAAACUAUGCUUAAUCGUGACUUUCAAAAAUUUUCAAAAUCCACAAAAGUUCUGGAGGAACUGAAAAAGGACGAGACAUAUCCAAGAUUUGACGCUAAGAAAAUAGCCAAAAAAUGUAGAGUAACGCAGGAUGACUUUAUUAAAUUAAUGAUGCUUUAUUCUGAUGCUGUGAUUAAGAAUUUCCACUUACUUGACGUCAUGAAUGAGAUUAAAAGGACGAGACAAUGCUCAACAGACGUUGAAAUGAAGCAUCAGCCGACCAGUUCCGAGUUUGCAGACUUUAAAAAGCGACUGGAGAGCAUUGAUCUAAAUGAGAAAGUUAAUCUACGGUCUGUAGACUUAAAUGCACAAAAUUUUGUCCAAAUUCGACUGACUAAGGAUAAUUGCACUUUUUAUCGCAACGAAGUUAAGAACGUUCAGAUCAUGAUCAAAUUGAUUAAGAAAUGUCAUCAAAGGUUUGACUCGCAAUUUGAUGAAUGGGCUCGAAUGAUGGAUGAAAUGCAGCAUAAAAUCUAACAUUAUUGGACUCACACUUUAAACUCUUUAAUUUAUAAUUAUUAUUUUUUUGUUGUUGCCAAAGACAGUACUUAAUAGUUUUAUAAGAAGUUAAUAGAUGUAAGAAGAAUAUUAAAUAAAUAAAAAAUUACAGAAGCUAUAUUUGAGGA